AUGGCUUCCCAGACAGCUCCCUCAUGUGGUCCGAGGUGGUGGAGCAGCUUUUCGGACCUUCCGUGCCGAAUGAUUGUUCCAGACCUUCUGGGCUAUGCAGGAACCUCCAAGCCGACCGACAUCUCGGCGUACAACUUCAAAGGCCAAGCCGACGACUUGGUUGAAAUAUUGAAAGCAGAGGACAUCUCCUCUGUCAUCAUCAUUGGUCAUGACUGGGGCUCUGUAGCGACUCAGCGGUUCUAUCUGUACCACCCCGAAUUUGUGGUUGGAGUGGUUCUCAUGAAUGUUUCUUAUCGCCCUCCAACGGAAGAAAAGUUCGACCUCGAAGCUGCGAACGAAUUGACGACAAAGAUGUUCGGAUAUCCGCAGUUCGCAUAUUGGGAACUCUUCACGGCCGACGAUGGAUACCAAAUCCUGAAUGAACAUCUUGAGAGCUUUUGGGCAGCGUUGCACGGGGAUGUUGAUGACUGGAUGAAGAAGAUGUUCUGCGUUCGGGGAGCGAUGAAGAACUUCCUCCUGAACGACAAGCAGGUUCCAUUGAAAGCUUACGCAAUGGAUCCCAAGUGGAAGAAUGAUUUUAUGGAGCGGUUUACCCGUGAUGGCUUCGAAGCACCGACCUGUUGGUACAAGUCUUACCGAAACAAUAUUCAGUGGGAGUCUGAACGAUCGAUUCCGAACGAGAGAUAUGUCAUUCAGCUUCCGGUGCUGUUCAUCGGUUGUACGGGGGAUGCGGUUUGUCGAUCUGACUUGAUUCAGAUCCCAAAGAACGCGGGGCUUUUGCCUGACCUUGAAAUCCAAGAAAUCGAGUCGGGUCAUUGGUGCGCGAUGGAGAAGCCGAACGAGGUUGCAAAACAUGUCAGGAGUUUUGUGACCAAGCGAUUCCCUUAA